AUGCACUCUUUAAUCAUUAUCAUCUUUAUUUUGUCAAUCUUUGUUUCGUUUGUUGUUUCUCAUGACAACAACCAUUAUGGUGUUGUUUACAACGCAUCAUCAUCAUCAUCAUCUUUAUUCUCAUCGUUCAACCAUGUUGAACUUCAAUCAAUUAGCAUCAACAACGAUAAUUAUGUUUGCAAUAACACCUUAUCUUUCAACCAUGUUGAACAUCAACCAAUUCCAAUCAUUUCCAUUGCUCAUAAAAAUAAAUCCUUUUCAUUUGUUCACGCAUUAUCUAUUAAUAAUUCAAGUGAUAUUAUUGUGUCCCAAUGUCAAUCACAACCAUUACCAUUACCAUUACUUUCAAAUUAUUCAACAACCAACAACCUCAUUCUUUUAGAAGAAAGGGAGAUGACUGUUCAAUUGAACAGAAACUGCACCAGCAACAAUACAAUUUCAAACACUUGUUUAGACAAUAAUCCAAUCAUUAGUUUUCCAUCAAUGUCCUAUGACAUAAUAAUUCAAUAUAAUUCAAGCGAUAUUGUUGUGUUACCAUUUCCAUCACAAUCACCAUUAAUAUUAAAUCAUUCAAUAAAGGAUGAGGAGGAGGAAGAAGAAGAAGAGGAGGAGAAGUUUAUUCAAUUUCCAUCAAUGAACCAGAGUUCAAUUUUAUUUUAUCCUUUAACAUCAAUCUCAUUGUCCAACAACAAUGAUGAACAUCCAUUCAACAUUUCAAUCAUUUAUUAUAAUAUUAUUAACAUCAACAAUAAUAAUAAUGAAUCUGUCUCACUUCUUCGUUCAUUAUACAUGUACAUUCCGUUUAAUUCAAGUGAUGUUUCGACCUAUUGUCAAUCAUCACCAUUACUCUUAAAUCAUUCAACAACCAACCAUUUUCUUUUAGCUGAAGAGGAGGAGUCAAUUCAAUUGAACAACAAUACAUCAUCUUUAUUCUCAUUGUUCAACCAUGUUGAACAUCAAUCAACCAUUUUAUUUUAA